AUGCGCGAGCCAUCGUCUCUCAAUCUCGCCGUGCAAGCUUAUCUUCAAUCCUACAAGGACGAGCUGGACACCAUUCAGAACCUGAUGCGAACGCUUCGCACGCUGAAUCACGCCGCAAAACUUCGUGCCAAAACCCCACUACGCCCCGUUCUCCGUCAAGACACACGAUGGAGCUCGACGUACGCGAUGGUGGACUGCUACUUCUGUCUGGCGGGGUUUAUAGAGGCAGAUGAUGAAGAACUGUGCGAGCUGAUGCCUUCCCCGCGCUCUGCGAAGCGACUUCUGUCUCUGCUGUUCGACUUGAAGCGCAUCGAGAGUGUUAGCAAGUCUCUACAGUGCGAGACGACCACGAUUUUAGACGUACGUCUUUGGUUUGAUGGCCUCAUCGAAGUUGAGCCCUCGUUUGCUGAGUAUUUGGCACCGCGUGCUAGAAUCGUUCACUCUCCAGAUUUCGAGAGCGGUUGCACAAAAGUGCUCGAUGGUGAAGGCGCCAAGCUCACGUGGGCUGAAUCUGCUGCGCUGGAACCGUUCGCCAUCGAGCAUAGUGAGAAUGAGUCCGACUCGGAGUCAGGGUCGUUCCUUGCGCAGCUUCAGCGCAAGCGCCGUCGGGUGCAAAAGCCUCAGGAGUAUGGACUGCUGAGCUUGAUACCGCCCACCUCCAAUAUGGUGGAGCGGUUUUUCAGUCUCGCCCGCGUCACGUUUGGACACGAGCGCCAUUCACUGAGCCCGUACACGCUCGAAAUGAUUUUGUUCUUGCUAGUUAACAAGAAAUAUUGGGACGUUCGCACGGUCGAGCAGUGUAUGUAG